AGGUUAUGGUUAAGUUAAGACGCUAUUGCGCUAGAAUAAAUAUAUUUACAUGUACAUAAAAAACAGAGGCUGAAUCCAGAAUCGAGCAUCUGGGAUCGACUUUUCUGGUCUUAGUAUUGCCAAUUCACGUUGCCCAGCAAUGGCCGACGGUCAGACUUCUUCGCAGCCUAUCUCAACUGGCACAGACAAAGCCAGCAGUGUACCAGCGGAGGGUUAUAACAACAAGUGUGUUUUCUGCAGGAUUGCAAACAAUGAAAUGGACACAGAGCUUCUCCACAGAGAUGAAGAUAUUUGCUGUUUCAGGGACAUUAAACCCGGAGCUCCCCAUCAUUACCUGGUUGUCCCAAUCAAACAUGUUGGAAACUGUAAAUCACUCAACAUCCAACAUGUGCCUUUAGUGAAGCAAAUGGUUGACGUCGGGAAGGCUGUUUUGCAAAAACACAACGUGACCGAUCUCGGUGAUGUCAGGUUCGGCUUCCAUUGGCCACCGUUCUGUUCCGUCACACAUUUACACCUUCAUGUUCUGGCACCAGUCAGUCAAAUGGGCUUCAUGUCGCGCCUCAUCUACAGACUCAACUCCUACUGGUUUGUCACGGCAGAUCAGCUGAUUGAGCACCUCAACUCUAAAGUAGAGACACGUUGAACUCCGGAUCCAUUUUAUUCUUCAGUGAAUUUUGAUAAAGUGGCGUCAAUCGUCCUUCCUGUUGCUGCCAUGUUGGAGGAUACAGGCUCUAUUGUUCUUUCUUGUUUGACAAAAGUUAAGGGCAGUGUUUUAUUUUAAACGUGUGUGAUGCCCUGUAGGGCAAGUAUUUCUUGGCUUCUUCACAAUGUGCCAGAAAGAUGCCCCAGGAAGGGUGGGGUAUCAAAACUCUCUGUCAACCUGUCAUCUUAGAGAAAACCAAUGGCUAUGGACCAAUUAGCAUUUUUCUGACUUGAUCAAAACUGAAAGAUGAUUUGAUUUUAAAAUGCAACUGUUAGAACAAAGCUAAUCAACAGAAUCUGUGCGGUUUUCUGUCAUUUCAUAGGGCCUGCAUUGUGAAGUUGAGGUUAUGCAUGUGAACAAAAAUAUAUUAAAUUGAACAUUUAUCCACUGAAUAUAUGAGCUGUGCCGCCUGUUUUACAUGUGUAAUCCUCAAAAUAUAAUUUGAUAGUUCAGGUACUGUACAACAUGAUCAUCAGAAGCACUGCGACGCAGUUAAUGCACUGAAGAUACUUAAAAUGAUUGCAAUGUGUAAAAAGAAAAGAAGAAAAUAAAAAUUGCUUAUAGGUGGUAUGUGCGAAAGAUGUAUAUUAAUACUGACUACCGGUUUGUAAAAGUCUGCUUUACCUCAAAUAAAACCAUAUUCACAUAAUUCAAGAUUAAAAAGCAACAGCACUAAUUUUAUGGCAGACUUUUUUUUUUUUUUUUGUAAGUGUGUGAUUCUAUCGAGCUGACAGACUCAGUUUGGAAGCAUUUUAAUUCAGAAGCCAUCCAUCUUUAAUCAGUUUUAUCCAAUGUCAGGGCAUUGUCAUCCUUUAUUGCUGUGUAUGAACUGAAUGUAAAUGUGUGGGCACUAGAGCAUGUUUUGUACAACCAAUAUGCACUUUUAAUCAUUAAUUUAGAAUAAACAAUGUUGCUUCCAACGGG